AUGUGGGCAGCCGGUGUCUUUCCCCUCGCUCCAUACGACCUCAAACUACACUACUCAUACCUUCUUGAGCCGUAUCACCUCCUUCAUCCCAUAGUAGUUGAUAGUCUGUCAAGCGAAACACACGACAUUACCCGAACGUACACUCAAACGGUAAUGGGGACACAAUUAAUGGCGAUAAUCCCACCCCACUCCUGCCGCGGCGCCUCACAAAUAACAGCCGUACCUCCUCCACUCGCACUAAGCACCUCUCCCUUCAGCACCAUGCGACAUAAUAUCCGAAAAACAUACCAAUUGUUACCAAGGAUGGUCGGCACCAGCAACGGCUGCAGCGAUAAGUGCGACUGCGCUGGUGGAGGGAACGACGCUUUGACAGCAUUGCGGGGAGGUUGGCGGGUCGGUGCGUGGAGCCAGGGGGCUGCCGGCGUUGGGCAUGGCGGCAGCAAGGGUCUGGAGAGUCGUCUGUUACUACUCGUGUGGGAGGAUACGAAGGAGAGUUCUUACAGCAAGAGCGGCGAGCGCGAAAAGUGGGGAACGCAUGGCAAAGGGCAUGUUCGCAAGCUCGUCAAGACUCAAGAGUCAAGAUUGAUAUUGACUUCAAGUAGUUGGAAUGCAAUUGAUGACGGAAGUGGCGCAAAUCAAGACACCCACCUGAGACCUUCCCAUUUCUCUGCCUUUCCUCCACGGAUGGCUGCUGUUAACUCCAGCGGCCCAAUAGCCUAUGUCGUCGGCCCACAUCUCGCGGGCUCAUCCGUCGGAGCUUUGUUCACUGGCGUUAUAGCACACCAAUUCGUCAGAUAUCUCUCAGAGUACCCAGACGAGCCGGUGUAUCGUCGGGCAUAUGUCUAUAUUGCUGUUCUCAUUUCGAUGGCAAGCGCUGCCCUCCAGUUCGCAAUGUCCUGGGAGAAGAUCAUCAACGGAGUACAGCUCCUUGGCAACCCCGACUUGCCUAUGACAGGCUCAAGCUGCAUGAUUGCUGCCUUCCUCGCCCUCUACGUGCAAGCAUUCUAUCUCCAUCGACUAUUCCUUUUGUCUUGCCGGAACUGGUGGCUUGUCGCCUUCCUCGGCACCAUUCUCUUCCUCGCUUUCUUGUUGAGCCUCGUUGCUGUCGGCGUGCGGUUACGUCCUUCCGCUUCGAACGAAACGACCCUGCUCCUCUAUAAUGUCUAUUUCUCGGUCCUUCUCGGAGGAGACAUUUUGCUGACACUCAUUACCGUCGGCUACCUCGUCUAUUUCCGCAAGCAAGUCCUUCCGCAGAGCGCGGGGCUCUACAAGAGCGUCAUUCUCGUCGUGUUUCAAUCCGCCGCACCGGCUACCCUGUGGAUGUCUGUUCAGUACGCAUUCUGCGUCGCUUUCCCCAACACGCCCUCGGCGCCGUUUGCGCGGGUGACAGCGACGCUGGGCAUGAACCUCGUGCUCAAUAAGUUGUGGGCGAUAUCACUGCUCGCCACGCUCAAUUCGAGGCCUAAACGGACGAAAAGUGUUGACGAAGUCCUUUCCGAGUUACGGCACUAG